GGUUAAAACCCGACGGCUUCGCAGCCCAGUUGGCUUGCUAAUUUGCUAUGCGCGCGCAGUCAUCAGUCAGCAUCCACCGUCUCCAUCUCUCCGUUGACAUUUCAACUGGCAGAGCGCUCAACUACCGAAAUAGUAAUAAAAUUGUAGUAAUCGCAGUAGCCGGUUGCAGUGCGUUUGAACAACAUGUCGCCUCGCCAUAUACUAGAGCUUAGCGUGGAGGAGCAGCGCGCAUUCAGCGACUCCUUUGAUAUGGUCGUCAGUGACUGCGAUGGAGUACUCUGGUUGCUGGACGGCUGGAUACCGGGCACUGGCGAGGCCAUUAAUGCGCUCAAAAGUGCUGGCAAGUCCAUCAAGUUUGUGUCCAACAACAGCUUCCGCAGCGACGAACAGUAUAUGGAGAAGUUCGCUCACAUUGGCGCCGAGCAAGUGCAGCACGAUGAUAUUGUGCAUCCGGUCAAGACAAUGGUACGCUAUUUGAAGAAACACAUGCCCAAUCAGCGUGUCUUCUCCCUAAUGUCACUCGAAGCCAAUGAAACGUUGCGUAAGAACGGCAUCGAGUACGAGUCGCUGGAAGUCAACGAGCACUUGACGUGUGCCAAGAUGUUGGAUUGCUUGCUCAUUGAGAAGCCGUGUGAAGCAGUGCUCUUCGAUAUACACUUGGACAUGUCCUAUGUGCAACUGUGCAAAGCCAUAUACCAUCUGCAACUAAACCAUGCCUGUAAGCUCAUAGCAGGCGGCACCGAUGUUAUAAUGCCGUUAACCAAGGAUCUCAAUGUGCCCGGUUUUUAUUUUUUACUGGAGCACAUCCAACGCUUUACGAAACGAGAGCCAAUCUAUUUGGGCAAGCCCUCUCCGUUGCUGGGUGACAAUCUCAAGGAGAUGUUUCAUAUAGAUGAGCCAAGCCGUUGCAUCUUCGUGGGCGAUAUGCUGGUGCAGGAUAUACAGUUUGGUAAAUCCUUGGGCUUUCAAUCCUUGCUGGUGCUGUCCGGCAGUCAAACCAAAGAAGAUAUGCUAGCCGCUGAGCCCGAGGCGCAGCCCGAUUACUACGCCGACAGCUUGGCUGAUUUCAUCCAGUUGUUAAAAAAUAUUGAGUAGAUUUACAUGUGUGUUUAUUAUAUUUUAUGUUUGUUGUUCCUGUUGUCCUGUUGAUUGCAUUAAAUACAUUAAAAACACGCGCCACUUAGAUCUCCAAAU